AUGGCCGAUCAGAUCACCACCGUUUCAUCUUUGCCUCCUGGCUACGGCACACUCGCCGGAACCGUCUAUGCAAUAAUUGCCUCACCUCCAGCGGACUGGAACAACAUAGCAUGGGCAAAGAUGGGCCGAGUUCCACGAUUCUCAACUCUUUUUCGACCUUCGCAGCAUCAAUCAACGUCUGAGGCUUCAGGCGACCAUGAAAUCGUUUUCAGACUUCGCGAUGCACUUUCGAGAAGCAUAACAAAAAGAAUGCGCAAGUUUCGGGCCUUUGAGCUUGACAUUAUACUGAAAAGAGAUAUUGCAGUUCUCUAUGUGAUAUCUCUCUGGGCCUCCUCCUUCGAAUCGAAUCAAGAACGUCAGAAGGGCGGCAUUGAUGCCGUUUAUCAACAAAUAAACUCGAUAGAUCUUGAAUCUAUCCAGCGGUCUCGAACGAGCGAAACUUCGCAGAACUCAAAUUCAAUAAUACCUGUCGAUUCUUGCCCCUUACCCUCGACUGGAAGUGGGAAAAUUUGGACCCUCGAUGUACGGCUCCAAGUUGUCCAGUACACAGCAGACCGCACACCUGUACAGGCCAUGAUACAUACACUGAGCAUGCAAGAUUUUGAGGACGCGAUGGCUUCCGCCUUGCAAGGGUGGACUUUCAACUCGAAUGUAUGGAGUACGUCUAUGAAUCGCAUAAUCAACACUAUCAAGGACAACAACUCCACGACAGUGGUCCUGGUGCAGGCCGCAGCACCGUUCGAUAUACUGGUAGUCGAGAUCGCCUUCAAAGCAGUUGAAGUUUUGUUAGCCUGCGCUGUCAUCCUAGGAUCGACGGCUGGAGCAUGGCUGGGCCUUACCUUAGGUUCCAUAUUUCCUCGCCGCGCUGCUGCUGGACUAUUCGUGAGUUCGUAUGGGCAAACACUCGGUGGUAAGAUGGGCAAUUUCGAGGGUAAUUUGCCAUAUCCAUGGCCUCCGGCCGGAACUGUCUGGUCUGAGACAGAGGGACAUGAUAGUUACUGUGUACUUCCACAAGUCAAACUUUCUGAUAAAUGGAGAAAUGCUAUCGGGUACUGGAUACAGUUCUGCCUCCUGAUGGUGUACCGACAUUUCAAGCUCCCCGUCCGGAACGCACUGGGAUUUGGGCCCUACGUGUUUACGAGAGAUGCAGUUCGCUAUAUUGUACUAGCACUCGAGCCUUUUAUCAUAGUCACUUCAGGAAAUAUCUUGCAUCAGAGAUUACGCAAGUUUCAGGGUGGGUACUCGUUGCGGAAUAUUCUUGCCAUAGGAGUCUAUGUUAUCAUGCUCUCAGCUUCACUCACGAUCAUCGUGCUUGGACAAAAGUCUUUUUUGAAUCCCAUGCAGUCUCAUUGGAUAGGAGAGCUUGUAGACCUCUUUGCUGCCGCUGGGUCUGUUGCUCUAAUAAACAUCGAACUGGAAAAUGAGAAGAGCCUCCUAGCAGAAAAAUGGAUUUUGAUUUGGGCUAUCGGGGCUUGCACUAUUUAUAGAAUCAAUGACAAGGUUAAGUUAGGCUAA